AAUCACAUUAGAAACGUAGGCUGUUUGACGUUAAUUCAUUUAUUUGGAUUUGGUUUCUGAAGAAUGUACUUACUUGAUUCUAAUUACCCGGAAAGGAUGGAGCGGGGUACGCCACAAAGAAAAACCGUGUACCGGAUAUCUUUGACAUUAGUGAAGAAGGAAAACCUGCAGGAUGGCGGAGGGUCGGCGCACCGGCGGCUGGAGAACCCUAAAGUGAGCGCGUACCGGCGGGAGGGGGUCUCUGAGCCUCAGCGGAGCUCUGCUCUGGAAGAACUCAAAGAAGUGGAGGACGAGACGGACGAAUUUUCUACGCACUCAUACAUGAGGAACUUCAGGACCUUUAGUACUGGACAUCUUGAGUUGGGUAGGUUGAAAAUCUCAAGGAGGGCGCAGCUUUUACAUAAAGACAGAGAAUUAAAUGAAACGUGCAUCCUGCCAGAGAAUGGACAGAGGAAAGAAAAUGGGGCACCAGUGCAGAAAAGGGCAGAGGAUAUAGCUGAAAGUGACAGACUGAAACGUGAUGCAGAGCAUGGAGAAAUCUGCAGCACUACUGCUGCUAAUGGAGAAAACACAGGCAUUAGAAAGAAAGUCCUCAAGACCUCCCGGAGCACAGAGGAGACGGUCAGUACGUGGUCAGAUGAGACGUCCGGGGAGGCGAAGGGUGGCAGGACGGCCAAGGAGAGCUGCAUCUCCUCGUUGCUGGCUAAAGGGAAUGGGAAGUCACCCAAGCCUGCGCCUCAAACCCCUCCGCCGAAGAAGCACCCGAGCCUGCUGCGGAGAAGUUUCAGCUUUCGCCACUGGACGGGUGGAGAGUUGAUCCGCAUACGGGCGCUCUCCAAAGAGAAGCACCACAGCAGCUCAGGUUGCAUCGUCCGUAACGGAGAGGAGAGUCUGGCCCAAUCCGCCGUGGUUUUGCAAAACAUGACGUUCGCAGAGUCAGAGUCCUCUGAGAAGCGAAACACUUUGGAUGUGGAUGAGGUUCUGAGCAAAACUGACUCCAUGAUGGAGCCGGGCCGCAGGGAGAGGAUGAAGGGCAAGAAUCGCACAUUGGACAACAGUGAUCUUCUCAAGAUGUCGGAUAAAUCUUUGGUGGACAAGGAGGGAUUUAUUAGAGGGACGGGCUCCCGUUCCAGCGGGCAGGAACGUAAACUUAUUAGAUUUUUCAGCGGUAUCUUCUCAAAGCGAGAUGGGACGUCCACGCCGCUUAGCAGCCCCGGUAAUCGAGCUCUCCGGAAGAACGGCCUGCUGGGAACUCAGCGCAGAUCUGAAAUGGGCUACUCGCAGUCCAGCAGUGAGAGUGUUAAUGGAUGCCAACCGGACGAUGCUUUUGUCAACAGUCAGGAAUGGACGCUCAGUCGCGCAGUACCGGAGCUCAAAGUGGGCAUUGUGGGUAACUUGGCCAGUGGGAAGUCUGCACUGGUUCACCGGUAUCUGACGGGGACUUAUGUGCAGGAAGAAAGCCCUGAAGCUGACGUGGACGCAGGAGGGCGUUUUAAAAAGGAGAUCGUGGUGGAUGGGCAAAGUUACCUCCUUCUAAUCCGGGAUGAAGGGGGACCUCCGGAGGCUCAGUUUGCAUUGUGGGUGGAUGCGGUGAUAUUUGUGUUCAGUCUGGAAGAUGAGAUCAGCUUUCAGACGGUCUACCACUACUAUAGUCGCAUGGCCAACUGCCGCAACACAGCAGAGGUGCCCCUGGUGCUUGUGGGAACUCAGGAUGCAAUCAGUGCAGCUAACCCUCGUGUCAUCGACGACACACGCGCUCGCAAACUGUCCAACGACCUGAAGAGGUGCACGUAUUACGAGACCUGUGCUACCUACGGCCUCAAUGUGGAGCGCGUCUUCCAGGAUGUGGCUCAGAAAAUAGUUGCAUCCCGGAAGAAACAACAACUCUCAAUCGGACCCUGUAAGUCACUGCCCAAUUCUCCAAGCCACUCCUCCGUCUGCGCAGCGCCUGUGUCUGCAGUGCAUAUCAGUCAGACCAGUAAUGGUGGAGGCAGUUUGAGCGAUUACUCCUCUUCCGUUCCCUCCACUCCCAGUACCAGUCAGAAGGAACUGCGUAUCGAUGUACCCCAAACUGCCAACACCCCUACACCCGUCCGCAAACAGUCCAAACGACGCUCCAACCUCUUUACGUCUCGGAAGGGAAGCGAACCAGACAGGGAGAAGAAAGGGAUGGAUGGCCGCGCAGACAGCAUUGGAAGUGGCCGCGCUAUCCCAAUUAAACAGGGCAUGUUGUUGAAAAGAAGCGGCAAGUCACUGAACAAAGAGUGGAAGAAGAAAUAUGUCACGCUUUGUGACAACGGAGUCCUCACGUAUCAUCCCAGUCUGCAUGAUUAUAUGCAGAAUGUUCAUGGGAAGGAGAUCGACCUGCUUCGGACUACAGUGAAGGUUCCAGGAAAGAGGCCCCCCAGGGCCAUCUCCACAUGUGCGGCCCCCAGUCCCAAAACCAACGGGUUGACCAAGGACAUGAGCAACCUGCAGCUUGGACAGGCACCAGGCUCUGUGACCAGUAGUUCCUCAGCGUCUCAGAUGGCGAGUGGCAUCAGUCUGGUGUCGUUUAACAGUCGGCCAGACGGGAUGCAUCAGCGCUCAUAUUCUGUAUCCAGCGCUGACCAAUGGAGUGAUGCCACAGUCAUCGCCAACUCAGGAAUCAGCACGGAUACCAGUAUGGGAGAUUCUGUGUGCUCCAGCCCUAGCAUAUCCAGUACCACCAGUCCAAAGAUAGAUCCGCCCCCAUCGCCACACGCCAACCGCAAAAAACACAGGAGGAAGAAGAGUACCAGUAACUUCAAGGUGGACGGCUUCUCUGGAACUGCAGAAGAACAAGAGGACAACUUUGAGUUCAUCAUUGUUUCUCUGACGGGACAGACUUGGAAUUUUGAGGCAACAUCCUAUGAGGAGCGGGACGCAUGGGUUCAGGCCAUUGAGAGCCAGAUCCUGGCGAGCUUGCAGUCCUGCGAGAGCAGCAAACAGAAGUCUCGUCUGAGCAGCCAAUCAGAAGCCAUCGCGCUGCAGUCUGUCAGGAACAUGAGAGGAAACACACGCUGUGUGGAUUGUGAAGCUCAGAAUCCUGAUUGGGCCAGUCUGAACCUAGGGGCUUUGAUCUGUAUCGAAUGUUCAGGCAUCCAUCGGAACCUGGGUACUCACCUGUCCCGUGUUCGCUCUUUGGACCUGGACGAGUGGCCCCUGGAGCUCAUCAAGGUCAUGUCUGCCAUUGGAAAUGAGCUGGCUAAUAGUGUGUGGGAGGCCAAUGCUCAAGGACGCCUAAAGCCUGCUCCUGAUGCCAGCAGAGAGGAACGUGAGCGCUGGAUCAGGGCCAAAUACGAGCAGAAGUUGUUUUUGGCAUCGCUGGCGUGCACAGAGCUGUCUCUAGGACAGCAGCUACUGCGGGCCACGGCGGAGGAAGACCUGCGCUUCGUGGUCAUACUGCUGGCCAACGGCUCCAGAGAUGAGGUCAACGAAACCUGCGGGGAAGGUGACGGCCGGACAGCCCUGCACCUGGCCUGCCGCAAGGGGACUGUUGUGAUCACGCAACUGCUCAUAUGGUACGGCGUGGACAUCAUGGCACGGGAUGCUCACGGCAACACGGCAUUGGCGUACGCACGGCAAGCUAACAGUCAGGAGUGUAUGGACAUCCUCCUUCAGUACGGCUGUCCCGACGAGCGUUACCCGCUCAUGGCCACUCCCAACCUGUCCCGCAGAAACAAUAAUCGCAAUAACAGCUGCAGCAGCAUGAACAGUGCAGUUAUAUGAGGAAUAAAACACACACACAUGAACAUGCACUCUGGUCAGCACUCCUCCUCCCUCUCUAUACACACCUUCAUAUGUACAGCGCCACCACUGCAUCAGAAUCAUGAAACUAUAGCAGACUCAAGGGAAUGAUGAUGAUGAUGAAGCAUGAGAAGAGCUACUGUGUUUGCACUCACGGCCUCCCCUUGCCUCUUGUGAAACGAUCCGCACCCUGACUCUACAAUCCCUUUAGUUGGAAACGUUGUCAUCAUGACAAGGUCUUGGCCAGUUGUGUCAUCUAUUUUUUUGGGAGAGUGCCCUCGUCCAAUGUCUCGCUGCAUCGUGGAACAAAAAUUAAAACAACCCUGGAUUCUGCUUUUCGGACUGCGCCAGUUGAAGCUACCAAGUGCAUGAUGGGAGAAUAGGGUGUGUAUGUAUUUGGUAACCGAUGACCUGGUGACACAUAUUAUCAGCCUCUUUUCUGUGGAGUCCAAUAGGAAAUGAUGGGAUACUUUUACGCCGAAUCUUCAAAAUGACCCAGAAGUCCCAGAGAACUUCACUUGGUCACCAUGCGUGUCUGGACUUUCAUCUCACCCCUUUGACACUGGUUUUUUUUGUCUGUUCUCUCUCUCCCUCAGACUUUUUCUUUGCAUCUGUUCUGACUCUUUUUCAGUCAGUAUGUCCAUUAUGUCUUCUUUUAUUUUAAAGGUAUGUGAAAGGAUGUAAUGACGUUUACGGAAAACACCCAAAUAUUGAGUCAUACGUUUGAAGUUUGAAUCUGACGUGGUCUUUUAAACCUUUUUUUGUUUUAACAUUGUUGAGUAGCAUUUGUCUUAGUGCUCAUUACUGGACCAACGGAGGAUUCUUAAAAAGGUGUUUAAAGAUUUAUGUUUCUCAGACUUAAAAAGGGAAUUCCAUUUUUUACUUUCAACAGCUUUUAUUUAGCCAAUUUUUUUAUCUUUCAACACGUCAAACUAGCCUUAUAUGUUGCCCAUGUUCAUCAUCAAAAAAACUCCACCGCUAUGCUUGUCCUCGUUUUAAUGAAAGUAAUAUCACAAGUAGGUUGCUCCGUCUCUCAGCACAGAAUAUGCUCAUGGUGGCCGUUGCUCUCGUACAGGGCGUGCCUCUCUCGGGUCAUCUCUGUUGCUGUUCACACACACUUUACACUGCAGAGUCCGAGACCUCAUGCAUCUCAGCGAAGAGAAGGGCUCUCUGGGUCUUCAAUCCCAAUCUGUACAUACUUCUUCCUUCUCUUUCAUUCUAUUUUUUCUCUAAGUAGUGUACUAUAUUGAAGGUAUUUGAAGAAAACACCCCCAGUCUGACAUGAGCCUUUAUUAUUAUAUUUUGACCAGCCCCUUUCUUGU